AUAUUGAUGAUAAAAAGACUUAUUACCAUUCAAUAAUCGUUUCGGUUAAUAUUUAUAAUUACCAAUAUUGAUAUUGUUUAAAAUGUUAUUAGUAAAAAAGAAGUAGAUAGUGACAUAUCUUUGUGUGCAAAUGGCGGUAAGUGAAUGAUUAUUUUAUAAAUUUCGUCGCGAUUUGAAGUGAAGUGACAAUGGAGUUGGAAUUUUCCGAUAUAUCCGCGGAAAUUAAAGGAUGUAUGACUGCUGGUAAACUAAAACUCACUGAACAAAAUCUUAUUUUCAAAAACAGCAAAAGCGGUAAAGUUCAGCAGAUCCCUGCCACGGAUUUUGAUGUGGUUAAUUUUCAAAAUUUCGCCGGAACGUGGGGUAUUAGAUUAUUUCUUAAAAAUGGAACUCUACACCGAUUCGUCGGAUUUAAGGAUUCCGAUAAAGAUAAAAUAGCAAAAUUUUUCAGCAAAUCGUACAAGAUAGAAAUGCUGGAAAAAGAACUUAGCACGAAAGGAUGGAAUUGGGGUACCGCUAAAUUCAACGGAUCAGUAUUAAGUUUCGAUGUUGGUUCUAAUAGCUCCUUUGAAAUACCAUUAAACCACGUUUCUCAAUGUACUGGAGGUAAAAAUGAAAUCACCAUGGAAUUUCACCAAAAUGAUGACGCCCCAGUAAGUUUGAUGGAAAUGCGAUUUUUUAUACCCGCUACCGAAAUGGCCGGGGACGUGGAUCCCGUCGAAGCAUUCCAACAACAAGUGAUGAACAAAGCAAGUGUUAUCAAUAUUUCUGGCGACGCUAUUGCGAUAUUUAGAGAAAUCCAUUGUCUUACGCCGAGGGGUCGAUACGACAUUAAAAUUUUCCAAACUUUCUUUCAACUUCACGGUAAAACUUUCGAUUACAAAAUCCCCAUGACAACCGUAUUGAGACUAUUCCUUUUACCCCACAAAGAUAGCAGGCAAAUGUUUUUCGUUGUGAGUUUGGAUCCUCCUAUAAAACAAGGUCAAACCCGGUAUCAUUUUUUGGUAUUUUUGUUUAAUCAAGAUGAAACUUCAGUGGAAUUACCUUUCACCGAUGAAGAGCUUAAAGAGAAGUUUGAUGGGAAAUUGAAAAAGGAACUUAGCGGACCGACUUUCGAGGUCAUGAGUAACAUAAUGAAACACAUCAUCAAUACGAAAUUAACUGGACCUGGAGCGUUUAUUGGACAUUCUGGAACUCCGGCUAUUAGUUGUUCGUAUAAAGCUGCAGCAGGUCUUCUUUAUCCUUUGGAAAGGGGCUUUAUCUACGUUCAUAAACCUCCAAUUCAUAUUAGAUUCGAAGAAAUCACUUCUGUCAACUUUGCCAGAGGUGGCGGCAACACCAGAACUUUCGAUUUCGAAAUCGAACUAAAAUCAGGUACUGUUCAUACUUUCAGCAGCAUCGAAAAAGGAGAAUACGGAAAAUUGUUCGACUUCAUUACAAAAAAGAAACUCAACAUCAAAAAUAGGGGCAAAACCGACAAAACGUCCUACAAAGAUGACUUUGGAGAUUCGGAUGAAGAAGCAGCUCCGGAUGCUUAUCUGGCAAGAGUCAAAGCAGAAGGACAAGAAAGAGAAGACGACGACGACGACGAAGAAGAUGAAAGCACAGAUGAAGAUUUCAAUCCUAAUCAAGUUGAGAGCGACGUAGCAGAAGAAUACGACAGCAACCACAGCAGUUCCUCCGAAGACGACGAUGAAGAAGGCGGCGGAGAUGGCGACAAAAAAGAGAAAAAGAAAGAAAAGAAGAAAACGAAAACGGUAUCGGAAGCGCCGAGGAAGAAGCGCGAAAAGAAAGAAAAAGGCGACAAUAAACCGAAAAGGGCCAUAACCGCUUUUAUGCUUUGGUUGAACGCGAACAGGGACAAAAUAAAAGAAGAAAACAAAGGAAUAUCUUUCACUGAUAUAGCUAAGAAAGGCGGGGAAUUGUGGAGGGAAUUGAAGGAUAAAUCGGAAUGGGAGGAGAAGGCUAAAAAAGAUAAGGAAAGAUACGAGGCGGAAAUGAAAGAAUUCAAAGCUUCUGGGGGGGCUACGUCAGGCGAAAGCAAAAAAUCUUCAGGGAAAAAAGAUAAGAAACCAUCGGUGAAACGUUCCGCUUCUCCUAAACUAGCCGAAGGCAAAAUCAAAAGUAAAGAAUAUAUCGAUGAUUCCGAUACUAGUGAUGAUAACGAUGAUAAACCUGCCAAAAAGAAAGAAGCCGGUAAAAGUAAAAAAGAUGAUGCCCAAAAGAGUAAAAAGAAGGAUGAAUCCAGCGACGAGGAUAAAGAUGAUGAUGAUGAUGAUGAAGAGGAGGAGGAAAAAAUGGAUGACUCCAGCGAGGAUGAGAAAGAUAAAGAAUCAGAAAGUGAAGAAGAAAGGGGAAAGAAAAGGAAGAAGGAGAGCGAUGAUGAUACUGAUUAGACUUUUUUUUGUAUUAUCACUCAACGAAAAUCAAUUUUAUGUUAUUAAAGUUCUAUAAUAAAUUUUUUGUUUAAUAUCA